UAUUUAUUUUAGCUUUUAAUUUUUCAGAGAAGAGUAAGAAGAAGAAUGAAUGCUUCUCUUGAAAAUGCUCCUCAGGGUCAGAUAACAUUCAAGGAUGUGGCUGUGGACUUCUCACUGGAAGAAUGGGAAUGUCUUGACUGUGCUCAGAGGGCAUUGUACAUGGAUGUGAUGUUCGAGAAUUACAAAAAUCUUGGUUUUGUGGAGAAUCAUUUGAGGUGUCAAAACUCUGAGAACAUCUUGGAUCAAGACACACAGCGUAUUGUAUACGAGCAUGUAAAUAUCCAAGGGAAGUCUUAUAAAUGUCAUGAGCUUGGCAAAAUCAUUCAUGAAUCCACCCAAAGUACACCUUAUAAAACUAACUUCAGGGAUACAUCUGUUGAAUCAUCAAACCUAAGCAGAAAUGAAACUGGAAACAACAGAGAACCUUGCAAAUGUAAAAACUGUGUAAACUGUUUAAUUUCAUGCUCUACCGUGGGUUUAACUCAGCAAAACCUCAGAGGAAAGAAAGAAUACAAUGGUAUAGACCUUGAUAAAGUUUUUGACUCUAAACAAAAAUUCAUGCUCAAACAAACUUAUAAUAGAAAGAAACCUUACAAAUGUAGUGAAUGUGCCAAAUGCUUUGCCAAGAAAUGCAAGCUUAGACAGCAUCAGACAGUUCACACAGGAGAGAAACCUUACAAAUGUAGUGAAUGUGACAAAUCUUUUACCCUGAAAGGCAAUCUUAGAAUUCAUCAGCGAAUUCACACAGGAGAGAAACCUUACAAAUGUGGUGAAUGUGGCAAAUACUUUACCCAAAAAUGUAGUCUUAUUAUUCAUCGGAGAAUUCAUGCAGGAGAGAAACCUUACAAAUGUAGUGAAUGUGACAAAUGCUUCAUCCGGAAAAGCAGUCUUAUAGUUCAUCAGAGAAUUCAUACAGGAGAGAAACUUUACAAAUGCAGUGAAUGUGACAAAUGCUUUACUGACAAGCAUCGUCUUAGAAAUCAUCAGAGAAUACACACAGGAAAUAAGCCUUACAAAUGUAGCGAAUGUGGCAAACACUUUACCCAAAAAGGCAGUCUUACACUUCAUCAGAGAAUUCAUACAGGUGAGAAACCAUACAAAUGUAGCGAAUGUGGCAAACACUUUACCCAAAAAUACAGUCUUAUUAUUCAUCAGAGAAAUCAUACAGGAAAGAAACCUUACAGAUGUAGUGAAUGUGACAAAUGCUUCACCCAUAAAGGUUAUCUUAGAAAACAUCAGAGAAUUCAUACAGGAAAGAAACCUCACAAAUGUAGUGAAUGUGACAAAUGCUUCACCCAAAUUGGUGAUCUUAGAAAACAUCAGAGAAUACAUACAGGAGAAAAACCUUACAAAUGUAGUGAAUGUGACAAAUGUUUUACCUUCAAAAGUGGCCUUAGGAGUCAUCAUAGAAUACACACAGGAGAAAAAGCUUACAAAUGUAGUGAAUGUGAAAAAUGCUUUACCCGUAAAGGUGAUCUUAGAAGACAUCAGAGCAUUCAUACAAGAGAAAAACUUUACAAAUGUAGUGAAUGUGACAAAGGCUUUAUCCAGAAAUGCAGUCUUAUCAUUCAUCAAAUAAUUCAUACAGGAGAAAAAGGUUAUAAAUGUAGUGAUUGUGACAAAUGCUUUACCCUCAAAAGUGAUCUGAAUAUUCAUCAAAGAAUUCAUACAGGAGAAAAACUUUACAGAUGUAGUGAAUGUGACAAAUGCUUUACCAAGAUAUCGUCUUAGAAUUCAUCAGAGAAUACAUUCAGGAGAGAAACCUUACAAAUGUAG